AUGGCUGACGUAUACGAUCUGGUCCAGAAGUGCUACCCAGGUACCCCACCCGAGAGCCUAACAGUAGCCUUCGUUCUCAAAGGGCUACCAGCUGAGAUCGGCAAGCGGCACGCAACACUUCUGCCUCAGUCAAUAACAGAGGUGGAGAGGGUUCUCUCGGCGGAUCCCGACCUGGGGGUUAACGGGUAUUCUACAAUACUUAAGAUGGAGGAACCGGGCCAUUGUAGCCCUGUUCAGUCGAGUGACACUGGGGAAACACCUACCUCCUUGAUUGAAGAUAUCAAAAAUCUCCUCGAAUGUAGCAUUUGUAAAGAACGAUUCGAUGAUCCGCGGAUGUUACCGUGCCAGCAUAGUUUCUGUCAUAACUGCCUACGAAACUUGGAACUUCGAAACAACUUAGUGUGUCCAAUUUGUCGAAAACGCUAUUCCCCAGCAUCAUUACGUUCCUGCCUUGUCCUCAAUAAUCUUUUGGAAAUUUCAACUAAGUACUCUUGCCUUGAUGUUCCGCGUACCGCUACCCCACCGAUGCCGGCUGAUCGCACGGGGACAAGUGGUGGUUCCCACAAUUACCUAAGCAGUGAUUUUGAUCACCACGAUGAUGAAUACGAAAGCGAUGUAUAUAACUUCUCUGAUGACGAUUUUUCAACUGAUGACUACGAAUACGAACAUGAUUUCUUUCAUCACGAUUUCUCCGAUAUUAUUAAUUACGUGGAGGCGGCCAUGAACUCCGCCCGUAUACGUGGGACGCCCGAUCGACUUGACCAUGAAGAACGCAGGGAUGGAAGGGGUCGUGAUGCAACCCCAUCAGGCCUCGUGGACGGACUCAUCGCUGCCGAUGUCAGUAGCCCUCGAGGCCACCGUCCUCGCAAUCGUGGCGGGCGGGGUGGCAACAGUGGCACAGCGGCACCGCCUGCAGCCGCUGCUGCCUCUUCUUCAGCGGCCACGCAAAGACGCGGUGCAGUGAGGCAUCGAAAUAGUGCAAGAACCUCCACGCGGACCUCUAGAUGGGGCACCUCCGACAAAAUAUUCCGACGUUGCGCCGACUGGCCCCAUUGUAACUUGGGUGACCGGUGUGCCUAUACACACCCCCAUCGACGAUGCCGAAACCCAGAGCCCUGUCAAUUUGGUGAUACAUGCUGUUUCCUCCAUCCCGAGGAUUAUGCGCUUCUCCGGUAUUAG